UGCGGGACGCGCCCACGAAGCGCGCGCUCGACAGCGGCUCGGGGCGACGGACGGGAACUUUUCAAAGGGGGCUGCGCUGGCGCGUGCGCGCGCGCGCGCUCGGAUGUGGGCUGCGUUAACGUCAAAUAGAUGACGGAAAUAAACAGGACGAAGAAACGACGCGCUUCGUGAUUUCCUCAAGCAGCUGUAAUCGAGCGAGAAUAUGACACCACCACGGUCAGGUUCUGCUAUACCACCUGCAUGCCGCAGCUCAUAGUGGGUUAAUGUCUAGCCAUUCUGCUAGUCAAGGUUGGAGCUUUAUUCCGAACAGAGCACCGAUCUGCUCCCCUCCCUCCCCCGGCAGACAGGCAGCUGUUGAGGUGAGGCAGGAUCAUGGAGGCAGGCAGCAGUAUUGCUGCAGCACCGCACAGCGUAGCUCACACUCCUCCAGGAGACAUGGCAAUUUCUGAUCUCCUUCACGGCCCCCACUUAUCAGAGCAGGAGAAGGAUGAGCAGGAGAGGAGGCCGAAAACAGCGGAGAGAGCAGGCUGGGAGGAUGCCAUCGCGCUUAUGGCAAGAAGCAUGACCGUGCUGCCUGAGCUGUCUGCUGACUCGUCUCUCCGCUCCUACACCAGCACAGCCAGCAUGAAGGUCAAGAACGUGAAAAAGCUGCCUCUAAGCAAAGGCCAUUUCCCCCGCCUGGCAGAGUGCGCCCACUUUCACUAUGAGAAUGUCGACUUUGGCUCUGUGCAGCUAACACUGACCUGUGAUGAGAACGAUCUGACACGCAGCGGCCUCAACUCCAGAGAACUGGUUUAUCUUGUGCAGAUCUGUUGCCAGGGGAAGAAGUGGACCGUGAGACGGUCGUAUGAAGACUUCCGCGUCCUCGACAAGCACCUCCAUCUCUGUAUCUACGACAGAAGGUUUUCCCGGCUCACUGAGCUUCCUCGAUUUGAAAACCUGAAAGUUAAAUCAGAGCCACUUUCCCAGAUGCUUACUGCCUACCUUUCUCGCCUCUCAACCAUCGCUGACAACAAGAUCAACUGUGGGCCUGCCCUGACAUGGAUGGAGAUUGAUAAUAAAGGAAAUCGCCUGCUGGUCCAUGAUGAGUCUUCCAUUAAUGUUCCAGCUGUCGCUGCUGCGCAUGUCAUAAAGCGCUAUAUUGCACAGGCUGCUGAUGAGCUUUCUUUCGAGGUCGGAGACAUUGUUUCAGUCAUUGACAUGCCUCCUAAGGAAGACACUGGAUGGUGGAGAGGAAAACAUGGCUUCAAGGUGGGAUUUUUCCCCUGUGAGUGCGUGGAACUGAUCAGUGAGAAAAUUCCCCCAAAUGUGACUAGUUCACUGCCAAAACCAGUGUCUAAUAAGCAUGGGAAGCUGAUCACAUUCCUGCGUACUUUCAUGAAGUCGAGGCCCACCAAACAGAAGCUGAAGCAGAGAGGCAUCCUGAGGGAGAGGGUGUUUGGAUGUGACCUUGGAGAACACCUACUCAAUUCGGGUCAUGAUGUCCCUCAAGUCAUCAAGAGCUGCACUGAGUUUAUUGAGAAGCACGGGGUUGUAGACGGCAUUUACCGCUUGUCUGGGAUUUCCUCAAACAUUCAGAAACUACGGCAUGAAUUUGACUCAGAACACAUUCCAGACCUCACUAAGGACACAUAUAUCCAGGACAUCCAUUCCGUAGGGUCCCUGUGCAAGCUGUAUUUCCGCGAGCUUCCCAACCCCCUGCUCACCUAUCAGCUCUAUGACAAAUUCUCAGAGGCGGUAUCGGGAGCUACAGACGAUGAAAGGCUAGUCAAAGUCCAUGACGUCAUUCAGCAGUUGCCGCCGCCACACUACAGAACUCUUGAGUUCCUCAUGAGGCACUUGGCUCGCAUGGCGACCUUUAGUUACAUCACCAACAUGCACUGCAAGAACUUGGCAAUCGUCUGGGCUCCCAAUCUCCUCAGGUCAAAACAAAUAGAGUCAGCCUGCUUCAGUGGCACGUCUGCCUUCAUGGAGGUGCGCAUCCAGUCAGUGGUAGUGGAGUUCAUCCUCAAUCACGUUGACGUCCUCUUUAGCUCCAAGCUCAGCACUCUGAUCCGUGAAAGCACAGGCCACACCACUUUGUCCCGGCCCAAGUCUCUGCUCGUGUGCUCCCCAUCUACUAAGUUGCUAUCUCUGGAAGAAGCACAAGCCCGCACUCAGGCCCAGCUCGCUUCUCCUGUUUCCCCUGAAAGCAAGUACAUUGAGGUGGGAGAGGGUCCUGCUGCCCUGCAGGGAAAAUUCCACACUGUCAUCGAGUUUCCCAUGGAAAGAAAGAAAGCCCAGACAAAGGUAAAGAAAUCUCCCGUGGCAGGCUGGCGUUCAUUCUUCAAUAUGGGAAAAUCCUCUACCACGGCUAAGCGCAAGCUCCACCGUCAUCCCAGUGAGCCCAAUAACAUGAAGACCUCACAGGCAAUUCCAGGUGGUAGAGGAGAUACUGGAACAUUACGUUCAUCUAAAAGCGAGGAAUCUCUGUCGUCAAAUAAUCUUGAGGGUGGAUCAACGAUGUAUCAGGCACGCAGGCCUCGCUCUACUAGUGUUGCCUUGUCCACUUCCUUCAACGAAGAGCUGCUAAACAAUCGAGUCCACCGAGGCUCUCAGUUAAGCUAUAAAGGUAGAAAAGACACAGCUUUCUCCACCACUUGUGUUCCUGCACUGAUAUCACCCCCACACUAUGCUGAUGCAGAUAUUGGCAAGGCUUCGCUAGACUAUGACCCAAUAUUGUUUAAGUGCAGCACAACCCCAACUGAAGUUUCUGUGCAUGAAGAAAGAAAAAGAGGCAGCAGACGGAAGACUGGAGGCAAUUCCAGUGAAUCAGAAACCUUGAAAAGAGUCACUUAUACAGGACAGUCUGGUGUAGUUUCGAUGGACACAAAUCAUAAACAUUCGGCGAAAUUUGCAACAACUGUUACAGCUAAAGAAGACAUGAAGUCCUCUCAGACCGCACCUGUGGGUCUCACCCACAAACCUGAGGUUGGUUUAGAGAUGACAACUCUGUCUGUGCCACCCACUGAAGUGAUACCAUCUCUGGUCAAGACUAGUGAGGCAACAUGGGGACAAGAUUGUCAAAACAAGCCUUCCUCGUUACUCCGGACAGAGGCUGAAUGUCUUGAUAAAACUUACAGUGAGGAAGCAAAGGCACUGAAACAAACAGAAUCGGGUGCUGUGACCUUUGACUGCACUCCAGGGCUGGUUAGAUCAGUGUCUCUCAUAACCUCCCAGCCUGCGGUAAAAAGUGCUGCCCGUAUGCUGGCUCUGGCCUUGGCCGAAUCGGCACAACAGGCCACCUGUCUGAACAAACGAGGGAGUUCAGAACCACCAACUCCUGUUUCUCCAAGUCACCUCCAGGACCCACUUUCCAUACUGCAGUGGCCUCCGAAACCUUCUCUACAAGCCCAAGCAUCUUCUACCAGUAGAGGGCAUUGCUGCAGCACCUGUAAAACUGUUGGUAAACCUUCAAGUGUCAUCUCUACAGGAAGUUACACAGAUGCUGGCAGCCUGCAGAGCACCUGCGCAUGUCAUGGAAGUGAGAGCGGACUUAGCUACUCUGAUGGAGGUGAUGUUUCUGCAGAAAGUCAUGAAACAAAUUUACCCCCCCAGAACUUACCUGCCGGUCAAAGUUUAGAUACUGAGCAGAAUGCUGAAAGUAAUGUGCCCAUGAAAGAAAAUGUCCGGCAUGUUGGAGUUGGUACAGAUGGUGAUGGUGGUAGCCCAGACCAGAGCUCUGAGAUGGAGUCUUACAAGAACCUCAUACCUUCUCCCUCACAGACAGAGACAUCACUCCAUACCACUAACAGUCAGUCAGCCAGGGCUUCUCUUCUCAACAAGCAAGCUGCCAAUGCUUCCAACUUCCGUGUGAUAUUAGCUGAAGCUUCUAUGCCAGCCUCAGUGCAAGAUGUUCUUCCGCAAUCUCCAGUUUCUCCUCUGACUUCCACUUACCAGUUCAGCCCCAAAGAAGAGAUGUUGAGGCCAUCAGGUCAAACUUACUGGUCAGGUCCUUUUGCACAGAGCAGUUCUUUUCAGCCUGAUUACAUGCAGUACCAAGCUAAGAUCUUCUCCAAGGACCACUAUAACACCCUGGCGCCAAGGUCCCUCCAUCAGUCCAUUAAAUACAAGAGUCAACACAGGAACGAACACUCUCCAAGCUUCCUUUACAGACAUGGUGGCCCAAGAUACCCACCAAUGGAUGGUGCAUCUGUGUAUCCCACCAUUCGUAGGGUGCGCUCCAUGCAUGCGCCCCCAGAGGACACAUUCUUCUUCCCACAUCCAUCUUACCAGAACAGUACUUACCAGAGACAAGUUCUCCCAGAUAUCCACCAAGUGAGGCCUUAUUUUGAGGAUGGUAAAGUUCACUAUAGGUACAAGCCCUAUUCCGGACCGCAGUAUAAUAUCUUGGAUCAGUAUCGAGUAAGCAGUCAUGGAUACGGCCACUCCUACACCUUCCACAGGCGUCCUACCUAUCAUGGUAGAAUGAUGAGCAAAGCUGAGAACUAUCCCAACCCCCCGAUCAACAUGCCCUAUAGCAGAGAAGCUAGUUUUAUAAAACAAGGCACUGGCCAUUUUCCAAGAUCAAGAAAUGCUGGUCUGUAUGAAGGAUUUGAUGCUGGACUAUCAGAUAAACAUUUCAGUCCACCUAUUCGACAAGGAAAUAUAGAGAAGAGAGUGCAAGAUGCUGUUCCCCAGCCACGUCUUCAGAAAGAGAGCCAGAAGGGCCAAGAUACAGUACAUAACCGGAGUAAAUCUGAUUCAGCCAAAGAUCUCCUUAUAUCAACCGAAGGGGCUGAUGGGAAAUACAGGGUUACCAUGGUGUCCCAUUACUCCCCUGAACACCCACUCUGUGAACCUAAUGUUCCCCUUCCCACUCAGACAGACAAACCAAGGAUCGGGCAUGGUGCCAAACCUGUGCUGACGCUCAAGCAAAGUCGGUCUAUGCAGAACUACACACAGCACACACUAGAGGCCAUGCCACAACCGCGUAAGCUAACACUGCAUAAAGAAUACAGCUGCCCUGAUUUCAAACACCCCGAUCCUGCCGAGCACGGCAGCGUCCGACUUCACAGCCAGGAUAAGCUGAUCAGGAUCCAUGGCAGCCAUCCUAAAGAGGAAUUUCAAUACGCUUGGGUUAAGGGAUAUGAUUUGCAAAGAUCAGCCAGGUCACAGAGCAUGAAAAAUCAUCGACAACCCAGGCAUACCAAAAUGACUCUGGAGCCAGAUAAUAGAUUUUCACAUCCUGUCCAGAGCAGGCCAAGGACUCGAAGCAUGUUUGCGCCGUCCCGUACUGAUUACAUGGACGGCUACGUGUCUCUGCAGCCCAAGGUACACGGCAUUUUCCCGAACUAUGGCUGCAUGCCCCCUCAUAGUAACAGACUGUACUCUACGGCUAUGGGUACAGGACGCUUUCAUCACUCUGAGAUUAGGCCUGAGACAGAAAUAUAUGCAGAAUGAAUAAAUAUAUUGGUAUUUUAUUGUUAAGAGUAUUAUAUAAAAGAGAAAAGCAUUACAUGUAUUUUAGUAUGGUAUGAAAUUUUACUUGUAUAUCAUCCCAAAUUAAUACACAUCAUAUAACGCCAUUAGUCGUAGAGCUUGGUGAGCUCGGAGUCAUUUUUACUAAAAAAAAGUCUAUAAAUAGCUGAAAUUUUGUUCAAUAAGUCGCUCUUAAGCUGUUACUAAUUUCAUAACUAUGAAAUAAAUCUUCCUGGAAUAAAUUUUCGUCAUAACGUUUAAAUGUAUACUUGGUCUUACAAGGUAAACUGAGACAACUGGUAUUUGGAUAAUAUUAAUAUUUCUUAUUUCUUUAGAAGCAAAUAGCAUCCAAGGAACAAUUUCUCAACUUUUUGAUGUGUAUUUUUUAGUGUCUUUUUUUUUUGUCUCUUUUUAUAUUGUGACUCCAAAAUCUAUGAUGAAUGCUGUCAACACAUUUUCUGAUCAUUUAAAGUGGGCUAUGAGUUUAUUGUUGUAGACACUGUAAGAUCCAAAAUCAUGUGAUCAUUUAUUAAUGUGGUCAUUUGCAGGGACCGCAUGACUACUGGGUGUGUUGAAGGUGAUUUACAAAAAAAUAAAAAGUGUGUAAAUUACAUCACAUUUAAGGUCAAGGUGACGGAGACUAGUGAUGCAGACUGUUCUUUAAAAUACAGUGUAAAUAAAUGAAUUCGAGUGUAACCAUGUUUAAGACUGUGCAUCUCAGAUAUGUUUUAAUGCAACUUUACUCUGCUAAUAUUCUCACUUUCUGAUUUGUUUCCUGAGGCAUCGUUUUAAAUUUCUUAUUAAUCAGACAGAGUUAAAUGGUACAAUUUAUCUUCAGGAAAUGUAAUAGUUACCUUUCAUUUGUGCAAAAAAAAUUGCCGUCCUUGAAGUGACUUUUAGGCAAAUCAUACUGCGCAGGCAAUAAUAAUUGAAAUGCAUUAACACUGCCAUGUAUUUUCCAAACUUACGGGACGGUCUCUUAAAUUGAAAAUCCGUUCAGACGAACACACAAAAAUGGACUUGGGAUUUUUCUCCUGUGUAAAAACAGUUUUUAAAACACCUGUAUGCAUCGAAUACACCAAUCAGGCAUAACAUUAUGACCACCUGCCGUAAUAUUGUGUCGCCCUUUUGCUGCCAAAACAGCCCUGACCUGUCUAGGCAUGGACUCCACUAGAUCCCUGAAGGUGUGCUGUGGUGUCUGGCACUAAGAUUCAAGCAGCAGAUCCUAUGGAGGCCACCUCGCUACUUACGGGACUUACAGGAGACUUUUGAUAGAUACUGACCACUGCAGACCGGGAACACCCCACAAGAGCUGCAGUUUUGGAGAUGCUCUGAUCCAGUGGUCUGGCCAUCACCAUUUGAAUCUUUUGGUCAAACUCGCUCAAAUCCUUACUCUUGCCCAUUUUUCCUGCUUCUAAGACAUCACCUUUGAGGACAAAAUGUUCACUUGCUGCCUAAUAUAUCCCACCCACUAACAGGUGCCAUGAUGAGGAGAUCUUCACCUGUCACUGCUCACAAUGUUAUGCCUGAUCGGUGUACCACAUUCAUCACACUUGUAUAACUUUAUAUACACGUCCUAGUUUGUUCUUUGAGAUUAUAUCGAGAACUUCUGUAUUUCUUCAAGAAUGGAGCUCCGAAAACACAACCCUGACCAAAAUUGUGCUUAGCUCCAUUUCUCCACUCAUUCUUUGCAUUUUUAGUUUAAUUGCUUGUUUUUCAUUCGUUUCGCCGUGGACAAAUGCAUUCAAGUUUAGCUUUAACUCAAAAGGAACAGGUCUUAAACGAAGCAGACGUUGCUGUUUCAGCUGUAAUGUAUAUAAAUCUUGUGAUGUUGAAUUUAUUUUCCUGCUGUUUAUUGCUUAUAUGUAGUAAGUGGCAAUAGGCAAGCACUUUACGAUUAGACCCGGUCUGUGACACAACCAGACACUUUAUCAUGAAUGAAUUUACGGAGGAUAAUAACUUCAGUAUGCAAUGUAGAGUUGAGAAUAAAGAUUAAGGAUGUUAAGAGUGAUCCUGGAACAGGGUCAGGGAAUUGAAUUGACCAUUAAAUGGUUAUUAAUGGGAAUAUAAUGUAAAUUCAUAUUAUAUUUAUUUAAAUAAAAAACUGUCAUUCUUGUGUAGUUGAGCAUAUGUGUAAUGUUUGUUAUUCGAAGGGUUUUUAUGUUGUCUAAUCGUUUUUAUGUU